AUGGCUGAUGUUCAAAUUUCUCACUCAGAGAAAAAGAAGAAGAAAAGCAAAAGUAAAGAAUCCGACCCACUUGAAAAACCCACUGACACGACGCAGAAUACCAACGAAAAGGAUGCUGCCAUUGAUUACUUGAUCAAGCCACAAAGCUAUACUCCCUCUAUUGAUACUUCUGAGUGGCCAAUACUUUUGAAGAACUACGACAAGUUAAAUGUACGUACUGGACACUAUACUCCUAUUCCUUCCGGUUACUCCCCUUUGAAACGCCCUUUACCUGAAUAUAUUAAGUAUGGGGUGAUGAAUUUGGAUAAACCCGCUAAUCCGUCGUCCCAUGAAGUUGUGGCAUGGGUUAAGCGUAUUUUGCGGGUUGAGAAAACGGGGCAUUCGGGAACUCUUGAUCCGAAGGUUACUGGGAAUUUGAUUGUGUGUAUAGAUAGGGCUACACGUUUGGUUAAAUCCCAGCAGGGUGCUGGGAAGGAGUAUGUGUGUAUUGCUAGGUUGCAUUCAAAGGUCCCUGAGGUGGCGAAAGUGGCUCGGGCACUGGAGACACUGACGGGGGCUGUUUUCCAGAGGCCUCCUUUGAUUUCUGCUGUGAAAAGACAGCUUAGGAUUAGGACUAUUUAUGAGAGUAAGCUGCUCGAGUAUGACGCAGAUAGGCAUCUGGUGGUGUUUUGGAUAUCGUGUGAGGCGGGGACGUAUGUGAGAACUCUGUGUGUGCAUUUGGGGCUUUUGUUGGGUGUGGGAGGGCAUAUGCAGGAGCUGAGGAGAGUGAGGUCGGGUAUAAUGGGGGAGAAGGAUAAUAUGGUAACAAUGCAUGAUGUGAUGGAUGCUCAGUGGGUUUAUGAUAAUUAUAGGGAUGAGAGUUAUUUGAGGAGGGUGAUUAUGCCAUUGGAGGUUCUUUUGACUAGUUACAAAAGGCUAGUGGUGAAGGAUAGUUCGGUGAAUGCCAUUUGUUACGGCGCGAAGUUGAUGAUCCCGGGGUUGCUGAGGUUUGAGAAUGAUAUCGACGUUGGAGGGGAAGUGGUGUUGAUGACAACUAAAGGAGAGGCAAUUGCAUUGGGGAUUGCGGAGAUGACAACUGCAGUGAUGGCCACUUGCGAUCACGGAGUGGUCGCCAGGAUUAAGAGGGUGGUGAUGGAUAGGGAUACAUACCCGAGGAAGUGGGGAUUGGGGCCAAAGGCAUCGAUGAAAAAGAAGUUGAUUGCAGAGGGGAAGUUGGAUAAACGUGGGAAACCGAUUGAAAAUACCCCAGCCGAGUGGUUGAGGAAUGUGGUUUUGCCUCCUGGAGGCGACUCUAUGGUUGCUGGCCUUGCAGCAGCUGCAGAGCCACAGCCGGCUACUGAUGAAGUGAAAGUGGAUAGUGCUGUCAUUGAGGUUGAGAAGAAGAAGAAGAAGAAACAUAAACAUAUUGAUGGAGAUGAGGGGCUGAAGCGCAAGCUAGAUGAGGUUGAUGGUAGCCCUGCACCAGAUGCUGUUGUCAAGAAAGCAAAGGUCUCCUCAGAAGUAGAGGAUGACACUGUGGAAGUGGAAGUUGAGAAGAAAGAGAAGAAAAAGAAAAAGAAGAAAGAGGGUGUCGACAAAGCUGUAGCUUCUGAUGGUGAAAAAUCAAAGAAGGAUAAGAAGAAGAAGGAAAAAGUGAAGGAAGAUGUCGGGCCAUCAGACGAGGAGAAAUCUGAGAAAAAGAAGAAGAAGAAGAAGAACAAGGAUGCAGAGAAUGGUGACUCUGCUGUUGCUGGAAAUGAUCAUGAAGCAAAUAAAAGCGAGAAGAAGAAAAAGAAGCACAAAGAAGCAGAACAGUAG